AUGAACCCUCGCCCGUCCCGGCUCCGUCUUCCACCGCCUCCGCCGUCCCGCGGCCUCUCCCACCGCGCAUCCACCCACCGACGGUCCAAUUCGAUUUACACCAUUUCCACGAACGAGGCUGGCUCCAGGUCAUUGCGAGAGAAGCCGUCCACCUCGAAUGUCCUGCGACCCGUUCCAUCCUCGUCGACGAACACCCGGUCCAUUUUACGGAAGACCUACUACGGCGCCAUCCCCACAAAUCCCUCGAAGCAUGGCCGCCACCGCGUUCAUCACUCAUCCCAUCAACCGGAAUCCUUGGACUGGUUCAAUGUCCUCAUCGCCCAGACUAUUGCUCAAUACCGACAGACGGCGUAUUUACUCAAGGAUGAACCGACGUCGUCGAUUCUUAGCUCGUUAACUGCGGCGUUGAACAAUCCGGAAAAGAAGCCCUCGUUCAUAGACAAAAUCACGGUAACAGACAUCUCCCUGGGCGAGGAGUUCCCCAUCUUCAGCAAUUGCCGCAUCAUCGCGGUAGAUGACCCCAACUCCGACGGCGGAAGGCUUCAGGCCUUAAUGGACGUCGACCUGAGCGACGACAACCUCUCAAUUGGCAUAGAGACGUCGCUCCUCCUAAACUACCCGAAACCUGGCUCUGCGAUUCUCCCAGUCGCCCUGUCCAUCUCUGUUGUCCGAUUCUCAGGGACCCUGUGCAUUUCCCUCGUCCCCGCGUCCACGCCGCCUCUUCACACCCCUUCCCCAUCCCCGGCUCCCCAAACCGCGGACGGGGCUCGUACUCAAUCACAGCCCGAGAACAACUCAUCCAAUCCUAACCAGCAAUCUGCCGAUGCAUCUGGCGCUCCUCCUAAGACCAGUCCUAAAAGCAAUGUUGCGUUCUCAUUUCUUCCAGAUUAUCGCCUAGACCUAUCUGUGCGGUCUCUCAUCGGCUCCCGCAGCCGUCUUCAAGACGUUCCAAAAGUGGCUCAGCUGGUGGAAGCCCGUGUCCAUGCGUGGUUUGAGGAGCGGGUGGUUGAACCCCGUGUGCAGGUCGUCGGACUUCCGGACCUGUGGCCUCGCAUGGGCCGCACCGGCGUCCGGACUGGAGAGGAUUCCGAGACAGGCUCGAACGCUGCGUCUCGGUCUGCCAUCUCGGCAGACUUGGGGUCAUCUUUGCGGGACGAUCUCGAUCAAGGACCCGAUGGACUGCGAUUCCGGGGGCCCCUAGGAGCACGACCGCAGUUCGACAGCGUGUCGAGAUCCAGCAGCUUCAACGUCGAGACGGGUGGGUUCCACGGACAUCCUAUGACUCGAGAAGACAGCCGCGGGGCGAUAAGCGACGAUUUUCACAUGCCGGGUUCUCUACCUGACGGUGCAGUUGGGAACUAA